CGCAGGCGGAUGCUGCGCUCGCUCCUCCUCCUCCGUCGUCGCCGCAGCCGCCGCCUCUUGCGCCUCCUCGUAUCGCGGCGGUGGCGGGCAGGCUCCGGCCGCGGCCCCGCAGCUUCUCGCCGAGGCGGCGCGGCCUCCGCUCCCUCCUUCCUUGCCUCGGUCGCUGCCCGGCCCCGUCGCAAUGUCGGGCGGCGCGGCGAGCGUCCCUAAGCCCCUCCCGUCCUCCGGGCCCAAGUCGCUGCGGGAGAUGCCGCAUCCCCUGGCCACGUCCAGCAGCGAGGAGAUGGGGCCGGCGCUCACCCCCAGCCCCGACCUGCUCCUGCCCCGCAGCAUCGCCGACAAGGAUCUCAGCCUGCCCAAUGGCACACCCGUGGACACUUCUAGCCCAGCCUCCUCCUCAUCUCUCCUCAACAGACUGCAGUUGGAUGAUGACUUGGAUGUGGAAACUAGAGACCUCUUUGUUACUGUUGAUGAUCCCAAAAAACACGUGUGCACAAUGGAGACAUAUAUUACAUACAGGGUUACAACAAAGACCACGCGAGCAGAGUUUGAUUUGCCAGAGUAUUCUGUCCGUCGGCGGUACCAGGACUUCGACUGGUUGAGAAACAAGCUGGAAGAGUCUCAGCCAACACAUCUUAUUCCCCCUCUUCCUGAAAAAUUUGUGGUGAAGGGUGUUGUUGAUCGCUUUUCGGAAGAGUUUGUGGAGACAAGGAGGAAAGCAUUAGACAAGUUCUUGAAGAGAAUAACUGAUCACCCAGUGUUGUCUUUUAAUGAGCACUUCAACGUCUUUCUCACAGCUAAGGAUCUUAAUGCCUACAAAAAGCAAGGAAUGGCUUUGCUGUCAAAGAUGGGGGAGUCUGUCAAAUACGUUACAGGAGGCUACAAAUUAAGAAGUCGGCCACUGGAGUUUGCAGCCAUUGGGGAUUAUCUGGACACAUUCUCUCUAAAGCUUGGUACCAUUGAUAGAAUAGCACAACGGAUCAUCAAGGAACAGUUGGAAUACUUGGUGGAACUACGAGAAUAUGGACCUGUUUAUUCAACCUGGGGAGGGCUGGAGGUUGAGCUAUCAGAGCCACUGGAAGGAGUAUCUGCUUGUAUUGGGAAUUGCUGCACAGCUCUUGAAGAGCUCAGUGAGGACAUGACAGAAGACUUCCUGCCUGUGCUUAGGGAAUAUAUAUUAUAUGCUGAGUCCAUGAAGAAUGUUUUGAAGAAAAGGGACCAAGUUCAAGCGGAGUAUGAAGCAAAACUGGAAGCAGUAGCCUUGAAAAGAGAAGACCGUCCAAAGGUACCCGCAGAUGUUGAGAAAUGUCAAGACCGAGUAGAAUGUUUCAAUGCUGACUUGAAAGCAGAUAUGGAGAGAUGGCAGAACAACAAAAGACAAGACUUUAGGCAGCUACUCAUGGGGAUGGCAGAUAAAAACAUCCAGUACUACGAGAAGUGCCUUACGGCGUGGGAGUCAAUUAUACCACUAUUGCAAGACAAGCCAGAGACCAAAUAAGAAGUACCUUCAUGGACAGUCUAGCACUUCUGUGCUCAGUACCACUAGUCAUACUGGAACUGUAUGGAAGACUCUUUUUGUUAAGUUAACUGAAUGACAGCUGCACUUAGUUUUUCAGAGUAUCUGUUCCAGCCUAUUUGAAUUUUUUUCCUCAAUUUUUGUGUUUAAACUGGGGUAUGUUUCAUCUUUUUGAGUUAUCUUGAAUGGUUCCUUCUUUAUUCUAUGGAGUGAUUGGGGUUCACAGAGAAAGUGCAUGGGGAUCUUGAUAAAAUUUACCUCUCUAGUCUGGAAGGAACUGAUGAGUGGAACACUAAAAAGAUGAAAAUAAAACUCUACUGCAAGGUGCCAAAUG